GGACGAGGGAGAGAUAGAUUUCAGAAAGAGGAGAGAGGGCCACAGCUCCAGAGUCACUGUAGGAAAGCGAGGGAGAGAAAAAAAGAGAUAGAGAGUAGUCUCUGCCCCCCAUGUUCACUGUCAGCUGCAGAGUGAGUGACUUCAGUGGGAAGAGACGUGAAAAUAUCAGGAGAUAAAGAUUUAAAGAGAAGGAAAGACGUUUGAAAUAACAAGAGCUGCUCUGGACCAUGGACCAGAAUCCUGAAGAAAUGCGGCGUCAGUUCCCGCGUCAGAGCAUGUCCGAGGUGGAUGAACGUGUGCGGGUUUUGGCUGAGCAGGUUUAUGUCUCUGCUCUGAAGGAUCAGGACCAGAGAGGAGCCAUGGCUCUGUUCACUGUCCCCGAGGACUGUCCCAUCGAAGCCCAGGAGGACCUCCAGAGGGCGCUACAGAAGGAGCUGCAGCAGCAGGCUGACCACACUGCCAAGAAAAAAAAGACCCUGAUGCUGCAGCGCUCCCAGUCUCUGUCUCUACAGAUCCCAGACUGGGUCAGUCCUGGUCUUGGUCCAGGUCUAAGUCCGGGUCUAAGUCCGGUCCCGCCCCUGACCCCAGAGCCCCCUCCUAGUCUGAAUGUGCUUGAGUUCCAGAGAGUGACCAUCAGCGGCGACUACUGCGCCGGGAUCACCGUGGAGGACUACGAGCAGGCGGCUCACAGUCUGUUGACUGCUCUGAUCAUCCGAGAGAAGUACUCCAGACUGGCCUAUCACCGCUUUCCCAGAACCACGGCCAGGUACCUCAGGGAGUCCCAGAACCGGACCUGGACCCACGACCAGGAAGUGCUGCCAGACAUCAGCCCGUGUCCAUCGGAGGGGCAGGACCCGUACUCCACAGAGGGAAUCCCCGAGGAUCUGAACUACAUUUUACAGAUGAAGGAUGGGAUAGUCCAGGUUUAUAAUCAGCCUGAGGACUUGGAGGAGCAGAGACCUCGCAGUCUACCCUACCCUGACCUCGAGACAUUCGCCUUCGACCUUAGCCACGUACUCGCCAUGAUCGCCGACGGACCCACUAAGACCUACUGCCACAGACGUCUGAACUUCUUGGCGUCUAAGUUCUACCUUCAUGAGAUGUUGAAUGAAAUGGCCGAAAUGAAGGAGCUCAAAUGUGUCCCACACAGAGACUUCUACAACGUCAGGAAGGUGGACACUCAUAUCCAUGCUGCAGCCUGUAUGAACCAGAAGCAUCUGUUGAAAUUCAUAAAGACAUCGUACCAAAUGGAGGCGGAUCGAGAGGUUCUGGAGCAGGGCGGCCAGACCCUGACCCUCAAGCAGGUCUUUGAAAAACUGGGCAUGGACCCGUAUGACCUCACCGUGGACUCUCUCGACGUGCAUGCCGGCCGGCAAACGUUCCAUCGUUUUGAUAAGUUUAACUCAAAGUACAACCCCGUGGGAGCGUCAGAACUCAGAGAGAUCUACCUCAAAACGGACAACUACAUCAACGGAGAGUACUUCGCCCGACUCAUCAAGGAGGUGGCACAGGAGCUGGAGGAGAGUAAGUACCAGCAUGCUGAGCCCCGCCUCUCCGUGUACGGGCGCACGCCAAAAGAGUGGAACAGCCUGUCCACAUGGUUCAUACAGCACAAGGUCCACUCACCCAAUAUGAGGUGGAUGAUCCAGAUACCACGCAUUUAUGACAUCUUCAGGUCCAAGAAGCUGGUCCCAAACUUUGCUAAAAUGCUGGAGAACAUCUUCAUGCCUCUGUUUGAAGCAACAGUCAACCCUCAGAAACACAAGAACCUCCACAUCUUCCUCAAAUAUGUGACAGGGUUUGACAGUGUAGAUGACGAGUCCAAACACAGUGAUCACCUUUUUUCAUAUAAAAGUCCCAAACCUGAAGAGUGGAGCUCUGACGACAACCCCCCGUACACAUACUACCUAUUCUACAUGUACGCCAACAUCAUGGUGCUCAACAACCUGCGCAAGGAGCGAGGCCUAAACACAUUCUUGUUCAGGCCUCAUUGCGGAGAGGCCGGCUCCAUCACUCACCUAGUGUCAGCGUUCCUCACAGCUGACAACAUCUCACACGGACUCAACCUCAAGAAGAGCCCAGUACUGCAGUACUUGUACUACCUGGCACAGGUUCCCAUUGCCAUGUCUCCUCUGAGCAACAACAGUCUGUUCCUUCAAUACAAUAAGAAUCCUCUGAGAGAGUUUCUACAGAAAGGACUGUGUGUGUCUCUGUCUACAGAUGAUCCUAUGCAGUUCCACUACACCAAGGAGCCUCUGAUGGAGGAGUACGCCAUCGCUGCUCAGCUCUGGAAACUCAGCACCUGUGACCUGUGUGAGAUCGCCCGGAAUAGUGUGAUCCAGAGUGGACUGUCUCACCAGGAGAAGAAGCACUUUCUGGGGCCGAAUUACCUCCAGGACGGCCCAGAGGGAAACGACAUCCGGAGAACAAAUGUGGCCCAGAUUCGGAUGGUCUACCGCUACGAGACCCUGUGCAAUGAGCUCAGCUUCCUGGUGGGGGCGGUAAAGAGCGAGUACAGCCCACCCCCCUCCCAGUGAAAAGUCCUGGUUUGUUCCUGGUUUGUUCCUGGUUUAUUCCUGGUUUAUUCAUGGUUUAUUCAUGGUUUAUUCCUGGUUUAGUCACGGUUUAGUUCCAUUAACUCUGUAAUGUCAAUUUUUUUUUUAAAGAUACAAUGAAAACCUCCAUUCUUACAGUGCUCAGGGCCGCUUCUCCACAGAUCUGACCUGUAACUUGGCCUGGUGGAGUCACAUGCUUGUCUCCAUGGAAAUUCAUAAGUUUAAUGCUAUGCUCUGGAACAAUCUAGGCAAAGCAAUAACACCUCCUGGGAGACAAGAAAAAAAGGUAUGCAGUGUACCAUUAAUUCCUGGUUUAGACCUGGUUUAGUCCUGGUUCAGACCUGGUUUAGACCUGGCUUAGUCCUGGUUUAGUCCUGGUUUAGUCCUGGUUUAGUCCUGGUUUAGUCCUGGUUUAGUCCUGGUUCAGACCUGGCUUAGUCCUGGUUUAGUCCUGGUUUAGUCCUGGUUUAGUCCUGGUUUAGACCUGGUUUUGUCCUGGUUUAGACCUGGUUUAGUCCUGGUUUAGUCCUGUCUCUUGGUUUACUUUGGUUUGAUUGUUUUAUAAAGUUCAUUAUUUAAGUUGAAGAUUUUAGAUUUUAGUUUUGUUUCCUUUAUUUGUUAUUUUAAUUUCUAUGUUUAAGUAAAAAAAAAAAACAAAACAGCUUAUUAAAAAUCUAAACUUGAAACGUGUGCCAGUUUGAGAUUUCUGCUGAACUUUGACCUUCUGUUGAACUGUGACCUUUUGCUGAACUUUGACCUUUUGCAUGACUUUAUGAGAGAAGAGACACUUUUUUAUGUUCAAAAUAAAUACAUUUCACAUUAUUUG